AUGGCCAGGUUAAGUCAGCACCUGCGCGAGCUGCAGGGACCUCUGCUCCCGCCCAAGGACCUGGUGGAGUUGGACGAGGACUAUCUAAAGGAGGAUGUGGAGGAGGACGAAGACCCAGUGUUUGUGGACGCCGAGGAACUCUGCAGCGGAGGCGUAAAAGCUGGCAACCUCCCUGGGCGCCUCCGCAUUUUUAUUUCUGACGAAAACACUCAAGAGCUAUGUGAAUUGUUUGGACGUUUUCCAAUAACGGGUCCUUGGUGGCGAGUGAAGGUACAAGCAAAGCCUGUGGGAUCAAGCAGCUAUCAUGUUCAAGGAUUUCCAUCUUACUUUUUACAGUCUGAUAUGUCACCACCAAAUCAAAAACAUAUCUGUGCGCUCUUUCUUAAAGAGUGUCAGGUUUCCUCUGAUGUUAUAAAUAAAUUUUUAGCAUGGGUAAAUGAAGUAUCAAGCUAUAAAGACUUAAACUUUGAAACUCUUAGGGAAACAUUUAGAACUUUCCAAAUGAAAAGUGCAAGGAAACAUCAAAAACAAUCUACACCAAAGGUACAGGAAGAAUUGCUACCAGAUCAUGAGAUGAGUCUUCCUCUGGAAAACACAAUUGCAUUUAUAAGUGUAAUGACAGCUUUGCAGUUUCCAAAAAUAAUGGAAUUCCUUCCGGUUCUUCUGCCUCGACACUUUAAACGGAUCCUAAGCUCUGGUUCUAAAGAGGUGUUGGAAAAGAUAGAAGAGAUUUUAGAUACACAUCCAUGGAAACUUGGAUUUAGUAAAAUUACCUACAGGGAAUUGAAGCUUUUGCGAUGUGAGGCAAGUUGGCUCUCCUUCUGCCAGUGCCAGUCUCUCCUCCAGCUGAUGACCGAUUUGGAGAAGAAUGCAUUAAUAAUAUAUUCGACACUGAAGCGGAUAUGCAGAGAACAUGGGCACACAUGUGUUGAAGAAGCUGACUUAACUUCAACAUUGUCAGAGCAUAUGUCAUUUCAUGAGGUUUGGGAGUCUCUGAAGUUUUUGAAGGAUAUUGGUGUGGUGACAUACGAGAAGGCCUGUGUCUUUCCUUAUGACCUUUACCAGGCUGAAAGAGGCAUCGCCUCUUCAAUAUGUGACUUGAUGACGAGACCUCCAUGGCAUUUACAUGUUGAUGUCAAAAAGGUGCUUGCAUCUAUUCACACCAUGAAACCUGAGAAUUCAAGAAGCGAUGAUGCAUUGACGGAAAGUAAACCUGAUGAAACAAGAUUAGAAAAUUCUGUGGGCGUUGUGGACACACAGGACAGUGGUGACCAUAUUUGGGAUAAUGUUGAAAAUGAAAUUAAUGCAGAAAUAAGUGAAGCUCAAUUGGAUCAGGAUCAGGUGGCUGCUUUGGAAAUGAUUUGCUCCAGUGCUGUGACGGUCAUAAGUGGGAAAGGUGGCUGUGGGAAGACCACAAUUGUUAGCCAUCUUUUUAAGCAUAUAGAGCUGUUGGAAGAAAGUGAAGUAAAAAAAGCUUGUGAAGAUUUUGAACAAGACCAGGAUGUCCCAGAAGAAUGGAUUACCUUUACCGAGCAAAGUCAACUGGAGGUGGACAAGGUCAUAGAAGUUCUGCUCACAGCACCUACAGGGAAAGCAGCUGGCUUACUGAGACAGAAGACUGGUCUUCAUGCUUAUACACUAUGUCAGGUCAAUUAUAGCUUCUAUUUAUGGAAGAAAAAAAUGAUGACUAAUGGCAAGCCAUGGAAAUUUUCUUCGGUUAGAGUUCUGGUUGUGGAUGAAGGGAGUUUGGUUUGUGUAGGAAUCUUCAGAUCGGUUUUAAAUUUAUUGUGUGAGCACUCCAAACUUUCUAAGCUUAUAAUCCUUGGUGAUAUUAGACAGUUACCCAGUAUUGAACCUGGUAACUUGCUGAAAGAUCUUUUUGAGACUCUUAAGUCAAGAAAUUGUGCUAUUGAAUUGAAGACAAACCAUCGAGCAGAAUCUCAGCUAAUUGUGGACAAUGCUACAAGAAUCUCAAGACGCCAAUUUCCAAAAUUUGAUGCAGAACUGAACAUCUCUGAUAAUCCAACAUUCCCCAUCUCUAUUCAAGAUAAGAGCUUUAUUUUUGUGAGACUCCCAAAGGAGGAUGCCAGUUCUCAGUCUAAGAGUUAUCAUCACUCUUAUUUAUAUUCUGCGGUUAGUACUUUACUGCAAGAAAAAGACUUACAAAGUGCAGAAACAUCACAAUUUAUUGCAUUCAGAAGGCAAGACUGUGAUCUAAUUAACCACUGCUGUUGCAAGCACUACACAGGCCACCUAAUCAAAGAUCAUCAGAAUAGACUUGUAUUUGGAAUUGGUGAUAAAAUUUGUUGUACGAGGAAUGCAUACCUCUCAGAGUUACUCCCUGGAAACACCUCUGAAAGUCAGCAAAAUAAUGAUCUAGAGGCCAGUGGUGAAGACUUUGGUGGUACUCCUCAUGAUUUUGCUAAAAAUAAGCAUGACUUUGAAAGUGGCAUUCGGCUAUGCAAUGGAGAAAUAUUUUUCAUAACCAAUGAUGUAACUGAUGUAACUUUUGGAAAGAGAAGAUCUUUGACCAUCAAUAAUAUGGCUGGCUUGGAAGUAACUGUGGAUUUUGGGAAGCUAAUGAAAUAUUGUCACAUAAAACAUGCGUGGGCAAGAACUAUUCAUACUUUUCAGGGGUCCGAGGAGCAAACUGUCGUCUACGUAGUGGGGAAGGCAGGCCGCCAGCACUGGCAGCACGUCUACACCGCAGCGACCAGGGGCCGCUGCCGAGUAUAUGUCAUUGCAGAAGAGUCUCAGCUCCGGAGCGCAAUCUUAAAGGACAGUGUUCCCAGAAGAACACGUUUAAAACGUUUCUUGCAAAAUGAGCUGGCUGCUAGCUGUGUUUCUCCAGCGGAUUUCCCAUCCCCAUCAAAGUGCUCAGGAGAUGGUGUGGGAGCCAACAUCCAGCCAGCAGCAUCACCACUGCCUACAGUCAUGGCAGGCAUGGUGACAAACAAUGUCACCAGGAGCGAGGCUUCUUCGGCUGAUGAUGGAAAAUGGCAAUUAUCUUCAUCUGAUGAAGUGGAUACAGAUGAGGACUUAUCAAAAUUGCGAGGGUCCAAGAGAACCUGUGGUGUGAGUGGUGACGAAAGUCCAAGCAAAAUUCUUAUGGUAGAAGAAUCAACUCCACAAAUGUCUUCCAGACUUCAGAAUUUGAGACUAAAUAACCUAAUCCCCAGGCAACUUUUCAAACCUGCAAAUAAUCAAGAAACUUAAUUUUAUUUCACAUUGCUCAAAAUCUCUAUUUUUUUUUUUUACAUUCAAUACAAA